CCAGCGACAGCAGCACCAGUAGAGAGAGAGAAAGACGAGUCAUUGUCCAGCACUCAGUGGAAGAAGUUUACACUCGAGAUGAACACGAGGACGGCAGCACGAGCUCAAAAUGGCAGAGGCGACAUGGAGAUGUGAUUGUGAAGUUGGAAACCAUAGCUGGGCAUUUAAUGAAGUGAUCAGCACAACCACAGCGGGCACCAGAAAAGCAGCUGGUGACUACAAAUACAGGACAUUUUGUAGGACAGCGCUUCUCCAUCUCUAACAGGAGUUUUCAGAAGAAUGGAUGCAGGACACUACGUCAACUCACCAGCUGCUGGAGGGAGAAACAGACCAGAGAAGAGAGAAAACUCAGUUUUGUCUCGGGUCUUCUGGGUGGCUGGAGUCGGCUUCGGUCUGCUGUGCAUCACACACUCGGCUCUCAACAUCUCUCUUCGGAUCCACGGAUUUGAGUUUUGCAACAAGUCUGAGCUCAACCACUCUGCCAACGUCACCCUGAUGUCGCCCGCUGACGUCAGCGCCCUGCUGCUGGAGAACGACCGACUGGCGAAGGGAAACAUGGACCUGAUCAGAUAUAAUGAGAUGUUAAAGCACCAACUGAGCCAACGACAAGAUCACAUACUGGAAAUUCAAAAUGCAAAAGUCAGGCUGGAGAUGAGGCUUGCUGAAUUUGAACGAAAACCCCAAUGUUGUCCUCUGGGAUGGACGCCAUACAAGUCCAGCUGUUACCAGCUGUCCACUGAGAGACAGAGCUGGAUGUACGCCAAAAAAGACUGUGAAGCAAAGGGAAGUCACCUGGUGAUCAUUAAUGAUGAAAUAGAAAAGGAAGUUGUCCUCUCUUCGGGAUCUUAUAUGAUUUGGAUCGGCUUGACGGCUAAACAAGAGCGUGGAAGGAGGACGUGGACCUGGCUGGACGGAAGCCCGCUGAGUGACGCGAUUCAGCUGCGUGAACUUAAACAACGUUCUUACUGUGCCUAUUUGGGAAAAUUCCUAUCUGGCGACCUGACCUGGGAUGCUACCGACUGUAUGGACCAAAACCAUUGGAUGUGUGAGAAGGAACUGAAAUGAUGCACCUGAAACCUGAGUAACACUAACGUAACAACCAUUAAGACGAAUCCCUGUCCCCUAAAGUCUCUCCUACACACUGAGACACAACAAUAUACAUGAUAGUGGACACAUGAUUUGAGUUUUUCAUUAGAAUAUGCCUCCGCUGAAUAUAAAUCAUGAUUUGUGUGUGAUUUUAUACAUCUAAAGGUAAAUCGUUUGACUGACAAAGUUGUUGACAAAAACCUUUUCUGUGAAGUUGCUUUGAAACGAACUGCUGUGGAAAUGUUGACUGAUCUUGAUCAACUUUUACAA